GGCGCUGUCCGGUGCUGAAGCGGCGGCGGCGCGGAGCGGGGAGAGGCCGCCAUGGACCGAGCCGCCAACCUGGGGCCGCCGCUCGCGCUGCCGCCGCUGCUGCUGCUGCUUCUGCCGCUGCUCCCGCCCGCCGCGCCCGCGCCCCUCGCCCGGCCGCUCGCGGGGCUCCUGGGGUGCUCGCUGGAAGACGGCCUCUGCAGACGGUGGGAGACCUGUGUCCACGACGGAGUGUUUGGAAGGUGCCAGAAGGUUCCGGUGACAGAUGUCUACCACUAUGAGGUGUCGCCGGGGGCCCAGCAGCGUCUGAGGGCCGCCCUGCUGCAGCUGUCCCGCGCAGGCUUCGCGUGGCAGGAUGACUACACGCAGCACAUGCUGGCCCGGGAGCUGGCCCACAUCCCCCGAACCCACUUGCGACGUCCUGAUGCUGCCCACCUGGCCAGGAGCUGGAAGCUGAGAGCCGAGGAUGAGAGGAGGCCCGCGCAGGGCGACCGCGUGCUGGCCACGGCCCUGGAGCACUCCCUGCUGUCCCUGGAGGCCCUGUCCCCGGCCGUGGCCCUGGACCUGCUCCCAAGAAUGCAGCAGAGCGGGCGGGCAGUCCAGGGUGAGGGCCCCCAGGCCGACAGCGUGCUGCCCUCCGCCCCCGCCUCCCGGACCAGGCACCCCAUGGGCCACCCUCUGCAGACCCUCAGCCGGCUCCCGCCGGGCGAGCUCAGCCCCGAGGGGGGCGGCGGGGUCCAGAAGCGGACUCUGCUCGGGCAGCUGAUUGCCUACUUGGCCAUGAUAGCCCCCUCGCCCGCCCCGGCAGGCCCCCUCGCGCCUGGUGACCGGCGUGUGCCUUGGAGGAAACACGGGAAGCGGUUUUCGCCCUCAGAAGACCCCACCGAGCCCCUGGGCACCAGCGGAGGAGCAUGGAUUCAGCACUUCCUGGAGGACCCAAGAAAGGACCAGGUUGCUGUGGAGACGCUGAGCCCCCCGGACCUGGACAAGAUGGCCGGUGUGAUUGCCGAUGCCGCGGACGCGGAGGGGGCAUGGGAAGGCCCCCGAGGGGCUGGAGGAGAGCCCGGGGAGCCGGCGGACAGCUCUGAGGCAGCGCUCUGGGACGGCGCCCACGGCGGGGGUGGAGCGCAAGGCACCAGAGCAUGGGACGGCGGUGCGCACGGCCACGGGGAGGUAGGCCCUGCGAGCCUCAGCCGCGGGGACGCCCUGCAGGGCCCGGGGUCUCGACGCCCGCCUGGAGCCCCACCUGGAGCCCCUCCUGCCGCCGGGAUCGAGCAGGCAGAGGGCCCUGCGGCUGCCUUGUCUUCGGAGGAGGACACCGCGGGGGUGGAGAACGUGAGGAGCCGGACCUACUCCACGGAGCUGCUGGCGAGGCCGCGCUCGGAGCCCAGGGCCCCCGGGCUGGGGGAGCUCCCGCGCUGGGUCCCGGGGGCCUCGCAGGAGCAGGAGGGCCCCGGCCACGGCCUGCGGCUGGAGGUCAAGUCUCCUGAGGAGGCCUAUGGCUACAUCGUGACCGAGAGCGACCCCCUGAGCCUGGAGAAGGGGAGGCAGCUGCUGGCGGACGUCGCAGGCCUGCUCCAGGUGCCCACGGGCGUCCUCGCAGACACCGAGGUCCUGGGACCAGCUGUGACCUUCAGAGUGAGCGCCAAUGUCCAGAACGUGACGCCUGCAGAUGUGGUGAAGGCAGCAGUCAGCAACAAGGACAAACUGGAAAGAUCGUCGGGACUGAGGAUUCUACAAGCCGGAGUGGGGCCGAAAAGCAAGCUCAAGCUCCCACCUCGCCCGGCGGAGCAGGAGGACUCGGCCAAGUUCCUGGUGCUCACGCUGCUGUCCAUUGCUGCCAUCCUGGGCGUCCUGCUGGCCUCGGGGGUCAUCUAUUGCCUGCGCCACGACUCUCACCACCGGCUCAGGGAGAAGCUCUGGGGCCUGGCGGGCGACCCGGGCCCUGACGCCACUGCAGCCUACCAGGAGCUCUGCCGCCAGCGCAUGGCCGUGCGCACCUCUGACCGCCCGGAGGCCCCACACGUGUCGCGCAUCAACAGCGUGUCCUCGCAGUUCAGCGACGGGCCGAUGCCCAGCCCUUCCGCACGGAGCAGCACCUCAUCCUGGUCCGAGGAGCCGGCGCUGCCCAACAUGGACAUCUCGACCGGCCACAUGGUCCUGGCCUACAUGGAGGACCACCUGAGGAACAAGAACCGGCUGGAGAGGGAGUGGGAGGCGCUGUGCGCGUACCAGGCGGAGCCCAACAGCGCGCUCGUGGCCCAGAGGGAGGAGAACGCGCCCAAGAACCGCUGCCCAGCAGUGCUGGCCUAUGACCACUCCCGGAUCCUGCUGAAGCCGGAAAACAGCCACAGCAACUCGGACUACAUCAACGCCAGCCCCAUUAUGGACCACGACCCCCGGAGUCCAGCUUACAUUGCCGCCCAGGGACCACUGCCCGCCACUGUGGCUGACUUCUGGCAGAUGGUGUGGGAGAGCGGCUGUGUGGUCGUCGUCAUGCUGACCCCGCUGGCGGAGAACGGCGUCCGGCAGUGCUACCACUACUGGCCCGACGAGGGCUCCAACCUCUACCACAUCUACGAGGUGAACCUGGUCUCUGAGCACAUCUGGUGCGACGACUUCCUUGUGAGGAGCUUCUACCUGAAGAACCUGCAGACCCACGAGACACGCACGGUGACGCAGUUCCACUUCCUGAGCUGGUAUGACCAGGGCGUGCCGUCCUCCACGCGGUCCCUCCUGGACUUCCGCAGAAAAGUAAACAAGUGCUACAAAGGCCGCUCUUGUCCAAUAAUUGUUCACUGCAGCGAUGGCGCGGGCAGGAGCGGCACCUACAUCCUGAUCGACAUGGUUCUCAACAAGAUGGCCAAAGGCGCUAAAGAGAUCGACAUCGCAGCCACCCUGGAGCACCUGAGGGACCAGAGGCCAGGCAUGGUCCAGACCAAGGCGCAGUUCGAGUUCGCGCUGACGGCGGUGGCCGAGGAGGUCAACGCCAUCCUCAAGGCCCUUCCACAGUGAGCGGCCCGCAGCCCGGCCGCCCGCCGCGGGG